AUGCCUCGCCCGAAAGUUCUUCCCAGCGAGAGGCGUCGUGCCGCUGAGGCCUGCAACUUCUGUCGUGAGACCAAGAAGAAAUGCAGCGGCACGGCCCCUUGCUCUCAUUGUCUUCGCAGAGGCAUUGGAUCUCAAUGUGUUAUUACACUCCGUCCACGCGGUUCCAGAAACAAGUCUGUCUCUGAAGAUUCUGGCCCCAGAACACAAACCAUACGCCCAAAUGCCACUGGUCUGGGACUACACAGUGACAUACUAAGUCAUGAAACGGGACGCACUCAAUCCUUUUCGGUUUCUGCAACUGAUUUCAGUGGCCAAGAAGGAGGGAAAGAGCUGCGUAGCUCAUCCUUUCGACCCCCAUCGCCAUCGGAUUCCCGGCCUAGUCUCGGUGCGCCUGAGAGCCCACAAAGUCGACGACAGCAUCGUGCAUCGGAUGCGUCAUCGGUAUCAGGGAAUCCCCAUUCUAGGAUGCUCUUGAACUUACGUGGCGAGAGAGUAUACAUCGGGGGUGCUGCGUCAUUGUCUUUUUUGCAGCUUGUGCGAUCUAUUGUUGCUGAGCAGAUUGGCCCAUCACAGUUCUCGCACAAUGAUAAGAGUGACACCAUGCUGGAGAAGGAGUCUCCAAGCUCAACCCGAAAUUUACCAGCGUCUAUUAUCCCAGACUUGGAUAUUGAUACCAAAAUUACAUACUCACAAUGUUAUCGCGCUGUGACAGAGGGAUUCAUAGACAUCUUUGGACCAACUGAGAUUGAGGAAUGCUUUACUCUGACUGAUGGUUCGGCGUCUAGCCCGCAAAAGCAAGCGGCGUUGGGCAUGGUUAUAGCCAUUGGGGCUCAAUGCAAAUCAGCUGCAAGUGCCCGAGACAUUGCGCCAGGCUACUUUCGACAAGCUCAAACCCAUGCAUUCAGCGGGAUGUUGGAAGACCCCGAUAUUGACGUUGUACGGUCCUUUUUGCUUAUGGCAUUUUACCUACUAGGGGAAUGCGAAGGAACGCCGCAUUUAUGUACCUGGGAAUUGCCACACGGGCUGCAAAUCCGAAUUUGGAUCAGCUUGCGCAUCGUUGAUAUGCUUGUCAACUCCAUAUUGGGACGACCCGCAGCUACGGCAGGACUGAAUUCCGACAUCAAUUCCAUACUUGAAGAUAUAUCUCAAACAGAAAAGACGGACGAAAUGGCUAGACUUAUUGCCUCUCAUCAAAUCGUGUCCAUUCUCAACGGUAUCGUUGACACACUGUACGACCGAAAGGAGAUAUCUACAUCCGUCGUCGAGAGCCUUCUAAACGAAAUUGAGUCGUGGUCACAAAAUCUACCUAGCUGUCUCCGAUCACCUGCAAGGGCCGCGACCUUAUCUGGCUCGAAUUAUACCAAGGGCGCCAUUGGAAGCGUCCAUGUUUCGUGCUUGUACUACUUUGCAGUUACUCUCGUCACGAGGCCCAUCCUCAUAUCAACACUCACAGCCCCAUCAGCAAGUGCGGGUAUUGCUCAGUCGCAACUGGCUUCAGCAUGUUUGGAUGCUGCUGUUUACCUGGUUCAAACAUGCGUUGAUGCACGAACGGUGGAUAUUUUGUACGGAAACAUGUGUAUCAUGAAAGCUUUAGUAUUUGCUGCUGGAUUGGUGCUGGGAUUUGAGAUUUUCGCCAAGCGGUCGAUUGAGUACGACAUUGAAACAGCAUUCACUGGUGCCAGAGACAUCCUCAAUUUCUUGGCCACACAGAGCCCACAAGCGGCACAUUACUAUGAAAUAUUGACUCUGUUAUCCAACGCCAUCUCCAAACAGCGCCAAAAUACUGGCACGACUGGGAGAAGCAGAUAUGUAUCCAAAAUAUUCACGCUUCAAGACACCAAGGAGUUGCCUUCGGAUGAGCUCAGAGACGAGCCGGGUCGGCGUACUCCCUUUGCCGGUGGAUUGAUCCCUACAUUAUCUGAAGAUGCCGGAAACUGGCUGAACGGCAAUGGAACUCCUGCGGAGCCUGGACAGGAGGUGUUUCUAGGGUGGGAUAGCCUCGAUAUAUCGCAGUGGGAUAACUUUCCGUUUGUUACGUGA